AUGGCCGACCAAAAAAAUGCCUUCCAGGCCCUUUCAAGUGAUAAUCGCGGUACUAUCAUCACCUUGGUGUCGGUGUCUCUUCUGAUUGUGGCCAUCAUCUUCGUGCUCGCUAAGAUUAGUUCGGUGAUUUAUUUCAAGCAGCGACAGACAGCAGUCAAUACUCCUAUCUGGGUCGCUUUGGUUCUUGCAAUUAUUCAAGUCGUUAUCUUGCAGAAGGCGGUUGACCAUGGACUGGGAAAGCACCAGAACCGCCUAAGCGAAGGCGAUAUCCAAACCUGGAGCAAGUUUGCCUUCGCUGCUCACAUUCUGCUCAUCGUUGUCUUGGCAUUUUCAAAAAUGUCGACCAUUCUGCUGGUUUGGAAGUUAACGCCAAGCAAGAACCUGCGUCGCAGUUGUACAGUCACCGUUGGUAUAGUUGUCGGGUGGUCGAUAUUCGCAGCGUUGAGUAUAGCUUUCCAGUGUGGAUUACCCGAUCCGUGGCUAUACUCCCCCGAGCGAUGUGCUGGAGAGGGAGCGAUAUUCUAUCCGAUCGCGAUCUUCAACAUCCUCACAGAGAUUAUCAUUGUUGUCCUACCGUUCAUAAUGAUGCGUAAUGUCCAGAUGGUCUGGCACAAGCGGGUGAAGAUCGUGUGCUCCUUCUCUUUGCGCCUAAGUGUCGUCGGCCUCGGAAUUGCUCACCUCGCCCUUCUACCUUCAUUCGUCCACUCAACCGACGUCUCCUGGGAUAUAAUCGACUGGGAAAUAAUCGGUCAGACAAUGAUGCUCACAACCGUCAUAAUCUCCUGCGUUCCAACCCUGUACCACAUCUUCGCCGGCCUGCACUCUGGCCUGAUCUCAACCCAGAUCUCUGAAGGGAUCGGGUUCGAGCUCCCGCAGUCCAAGGUCAGCGGGUAUAUCAACCAAUCCUCCUCGGGAGUAAGCCGGCACCAUUCGCAGUUGCAGUCGCAUGGACGGUCAAUGAAGAAUGGAGGGUCAAUGUUUGAUGGGUGGGGAGGUGAGACCGGUGUUGUCACUGAGGUUUCGUCGGGUCAAAAUCCGAAUCAGAAUUAUGAGGGUGGCAGGCAGUCUAGUUCGAGCGAGGGAGCGGAGAGUACACGACAUUUGACGGAAGGAAGUCAAGGGAAGGGGGCCGUGCUAAGGACGGUAGAUGUUACGGUGGAGGUUGAAGAGCACUAUCACCGAGACCCGCUUUGA